AGAAUCGAGAUAUAUCUUUUAUGUUUAUUUUCAUAUUUAUUUCGAUGCACUGCCUUUUGCCAUGGACUAAACUAUUUUUUCUGGACAAAUUUAAUUAAUUGCUAAUAUGGAAUUAAGUGUGAAAUGUGUGUAGCAGUGCAAAACAAAAUGUAGUUUGUCAUACAACACGCGGUCGUAUCGUCACACAACGCCUAUAAUAACGCUGAGACAAAAGCAAAAGGUUUCGCGCCGAAAAGGGAAACGGCAAAAACACGAAAAGCAUCGCGGAAAAAAAACAAAAACUCAUGCUAAAUGGGCGAAACAAAUGUGAAUAUGUUCUGAAAUGCAAGCGCAUUGUUAGUCUGUGCGUGGAUACUGUGUGUGUGUGCGCCCAGCGGUUGCAUUUCCAACAAUUAGAGCCUCCCCCUUCAUCCAUCCCAUCCACCAUCCUCCUCGGCAGUUCACGCAUCGUGACACACAAACGAACACACAAUGGCCCCAGCGAAAAAACGCGAGAAAGACAAUGCAGAUGGCGCUGGCGCUGCGGCAAAUGGCAUUAACGGAUCGAACGGCCAUGGAAAUGGAGCAGAUGGAACAAAUGCUACGUUGGCAGCGCCAACGACGACGGCGGUGACCACGGGAACGCCAGCGGCGGAGGCCCACGGGAAGGCUCUCAAUGGACAUCAACAAGAGCAGGAACUCUUUUUGCAAGCAUUUGAAAAACCCACGCAAAUCUAUCGGUAUCUACGCAACCGCCAUGAGACAAACCCCAUAUUCCUGAAUCGAACGCUCUGCUAUAUGAAGGAGCGAAUGUCGCGCAACAACAAGAAGCGGUCCACCUUCCAGAUCAACUCAAUGCUGGAGAGCAUUAUCCAAAAAUCGGAAGCCGUAACACAAAACUACCUGCACGUUAUCUACGAUUCGCUGCACGAGAAUAUCAAAUCAUCGGACAGCGAUGAGCUGCUGCAGGAGCAGCUGCUCUGCGAAGCCGGUGAGUCGGUCUGUGUGGUUACCACACUCUACAAGAUCACGCGGAGCAAGCGCAAGGACAGCACGCUGGACUUUCAGGAGCUGCUCAGCAAGAGUUCACAGAUUGUGUACAAUCCGAAGGAUCGCAUUGGCGAGCAUGCCACCAUCAGCAUACCUCUGCAAGCGAUGCGGCCGAUGGGUGAGCAGCAUACGCUGUAUAAGCUGCUCUUUAGGAUCAAGGUUCUGUCGCCCGUCAGCACGUGCAAUGAUGAGAAUGCAGAAACCCCCUCGAACAAGCGGUCGCGUCCGAAUGAGAAGAUGUACGGCUCUGAGCUGAUAUUGUAUGAGAAGUCGAAUGGAUUCAUCACCGAGGGCGAAUACGAGGCCAUGCUCCAGCCGUUAAACUCAUCGAGCAUCAAGUCCUUCUCACCAAAGAAAUGCACGUGGGAAACGAUGCCCGAUAGCUACAUUCCACUCUCGCUCACCUACGAUGUCUACCAACAGAGCCCCAUGCUGAAAUUCCAUUUGACGCUGUCCAACGAGCAGCUGCCAGAGACAAUAUCGGCCACAGAGCUCCAGCGCUAUGUUCAUCACCUGGAUGCCGUGUCAGAUGCGGUCAAUCACAAUAAUAAUCAUUUCAAUAACAACAACAACUGCCCAAAGAAUGGCAUUUGCAAGACAACGGCCCCCGAGCACAUCCAGAUCGUGUACAAUUUCAUGUACAGCAAUAAUACGCGCCAGCAGACAGAGUACACGCAGGAGCUGAAUUGCCCCUGGUGCGGCCUGGACUGUCUGCGUCUGUACGCCCUGCUGAAGCAUCUGAAGCUGUGCCAUGCCCGGUUCAACUUCACCUACCAGCCAGCGGGCAGUGGUGCGCGCAUCGAUGUCACCAUUAAUGAUGCGUACGAUGGAUCGUACGCGGGUUCCCCCUACGAUCUUGCCGGGCCAUCGGGCUCAUCGUUUGCCCGCACCUGCGGCCCUGUGCGACGCACUUCUGUGACCAGCCUUAUGGUGUGCCGGCCCAGGAGGCAGAAGGCCAGCCUGGAUGAGUUCCUGGAGCUGGAUGAGGAUGACAUCAGCAACCAGCGUUCGUAUAUCACAGGUCACAACAGGCUGUACCACCAUACGGAGACCUGUCUGCCCGUGCAUCCCAAGGAGCUGGACAUUGACUCGGAGGGCGAGAGUGAUCCGCUGUGGCUGCGCCAGAAGACCAUACAGAUGAUUGACGAGUUCUCCGACGUGAACGAGGGCGAGAAGGAGCUGAUGAAGAUAUGGAAUCUGCAUGUGAUGCGACACGGAUUCGUUGGCAACUGCCAGUUGCCCUUGGCCUGCGAAAUGUUCCUCGACGCCAAGGGCCAUGAGAUUGUGCGCAAGAAUCUCUAUCGCAACUUCAUCCUGCACAUGUGCUCCCUCUUCGACUAUGGCCUCAUCUCGAACGAGCACGUGUACAAGACGGUGCAGAAGCUGCAGGGUCUGCUCAGCAAAUAUACGGCCGGGCAGGAGCUAAUGCAGAGCCAGCGCCAAUCCCAGCUGAAGUACUGGAUGGAGGUGGGCAUGCACAAGAAGCAGGAUGACCUCAAGGCCCACAAGUCCCCACAGAAGAUGUCCUCCAGUAGUACAGACAGUCCAACUACCUCCGCAAACAGUGCAGCAGCGGCUGCCAGCAGCAGCAGCAGCAGUACGAAUGCAGCUAUGCAACCGCCCAAGCGAAUGCCGGCACAUCUGAAGCGAGCCAGUGCUGCGGCUGCUGCGGCCGCUGCUGCUGCAGCAGCUGCCGGCCAGGACAAUGGAUCUGCCGGUGGCAACCACAACAACAGCAAGAAUGUGGCCAAAAAGAGUGCCGAUCAGCCGCUUGCCACACUGGCCAACACACGGGAACGGCGCUCCGAUCCCGGCCUGAAACGCAGCGGCACCCGCCUGAGCGCUGGCGCUGUAGCUGGAGCAGCUGCUGCUCCCACCCAAUCGAAGCGCAAACUGAACCCCAAAGAUAAUACAGCGCAGAGCAAGCGUCAGCGGUACAGCGAAGGCAGCAGCAGCAGCGCCAGAGGAGGAGGAGCAGCAGCAGCAGGAGAGACUGGAGCGAGUCGCAACAAAAGCAAUAAUAAUAGUAACCACCAAACACUGCCAGCAACAAACAGCAACAGCAAGAAACGCUUACUUGCGCGAUCACGUUCGACCACAGAGCGUACCACCAAGUCAUCAUCCAUAGGAGCAGCAGCAGCAGCAGCAGCCGCAGCCGCAGCAUCGCCAUCACCAUCAGGUGCAGCAGGAGCAGGAGUGCGUACCAGGCUUUCAGUGCCAGUGGCCAAAUACGAGAGACGCUGACGCAAGGGAAGGCGCUGCUGCUGCUGCUGCUCCUCCACCACCACCACAACCACAUCGCCAGCCCAAAAUUAACGCAACGUAUUGCUUACCACACAUAUUAGUAUAUACAUAUAUAGUAAUAUUGUUUUGGACAGGCACACUGUUCUGUUCUCCGGAACUUCUUCUUCUUUAUAUCAUUAUCGCUAUUAUUCUUUAUGUUGUUUUUUUAAAUUGUAAUCAAUGCCUUAUGUUGGAUACUUUUGUAAAGCCUUUGCUCAGAUUAAACACCCUUCUUUGACUACGAACCUAAGCUUAAUGUUACAAGUCCAGUCAGUCCUAACUGAAAUGGAAGCAAUUUUGGUUUGAGUCUUGGCAGCAUAUCAUUUUGCAUACACUAUUGAAAGGAUAAAAAGGACACGCGACAAUGAUCUGAUAAUAAUGCUUAAUUCAUAAUUUAUUAUUGUCUAUUGUGGCAAUUACUUAAAUACACCACAGUGACAUACAAACAUACAUACGUAUACACAGGGCUGAGGGCAACCACCAUUCAAAAAUAAAUUGAAUAAUUUAAUGAAUCAUUAGUAGACCUAAGAGAAAGGCUGCUGCCGCCGCUGUGUGACAAAAUUGUAAAUCAGCUUCUAAUUGUAUGAAAACGAAACAAAAAUUGAUCAAUUGUAAUUAGCAAAGAGUAUAUGCAAAAAUAUAUAUUUACGGCAA